AUGUCCAAAAAUGGCAUGAAACAAAUGGACAUUGCCAGAACAGUAGGAUUCCUCCAGUGUACUGUACCCAAAAUCCUAGAGCGUCAUUGGAGUACAGGAAACGUUAUUCCAGAAAAGUCUAUUGGAUGUUUGAACCUUUUCUCAGUGAGUAUGACCAAAAUUUGGAGGUGCUACAAAAUGAAAUCAAACAGUACAAGAUUAAAUGACAAACUCAAAGAAAGUGUCAAAUUGAAGUUUGAUGGUGUGGUUGAGAAUGAAAGUGAAAUUGUUAAAAAUCUUCAAGAACAACUGCAGAACACCAGUGAGGCAAAAGACACAGCUUUACAGAUGUGGCAGUUAUCUUUGGAAGAAAUUGAAAGAUUAGAGAAGGAAAUACAGAGUAAGCACGAAUUUCCAGAGAUGAAAGAAAUGGAAAAAAUGGGUAACCAGAUGAAAGAAGAAUUUUCACAAGCACUGGCAAUUGUCAACUCAGAAUUAACACAAACAAAAGAAGAACUUGUAAAAAUCAAAGCAGCACAUCAAGCAUCAUCCAGUGAAUUAAAAAACAUGCAACAAAUACAAAAGAAUGUAGAAAGUCAGCUAGCUAAAAAGAAAACUGAAUGUGAGGAAAUAGCUACUAAACUUGAAAAAUGCCAGACAAAAUUGCUGAAAACAGAAUCUGAAUCAAGUGAUAUGAAAAUGAGACUGUUAACUAAGGAAGAUGAGGUGACAUAUUUAAAGCAGUGUUUGGAAGAAAUGGAAGCAACACUAAAUAAGGUUCAGCAACAAAAGGAAAAUAUAGAGUCUCAUGAAGCAGAAGCAAUACAACAGGCUCGUGAAAGUAUUCGUUUAGCAGAGAAUGCUGUUAUGGAAAAAGAUGAAGCAGUGUUUCGUGAACAUCAGGCUGUCAAGGAGGCUCAGCGUCUGCAGACAUCCAUAAAUCAUUUGAUGGAAAUGGCAGCAGUUCGAACAAAGCAGGAGGUUGAAAAUAUCAAGAAAAAAUGCAAUGAAAACCUGAAAAAACUGACAGAAGAAAUACAAGCUUUAGAACAGGAAAAUACCAACAAACAAACUCAAAUAGAAAGAGCUAUUCGUGAGAAACGAUCAGUGGAACUAGAGUUAGAAGCUGUAUAUAAGGAUGGUACAAGUAAAGGACCAGAAAACAACGUUCUGUUGAACAGUCUGACAGAUAGAUUAACAAAGGCAGAACGUUUACGAGAUGAAGCUAUUCUGAGGCUGGAAUCUUUAGAAGCAGAAUUAAAACGGAUAAAGAAAAGUCAUCAACAACAGAUUACACAUUAUAAAAAUGAGAACAAUUGUUUCAAAGAGUGGCUAAAAAAGAAACAGUCUGACUUCGAUAGUGUAUCCACAGAAAAAAUUCAUCUUGCCAAUUCCUUAGAGAAACUUCGCCAUAACUGCCAAUCUCUUGAAGAAGAAACAAAGUUGUUAAAGAAGAAAUAUGAAAAAGAGGUGACUGUCCAUAGAACACAGUUAGAGAAAGUUGAACAGAAAUAUCAGCUAAACUCAAAGGUAAAAGAGGAAUCUCAUCAAGCUUCUAUUACUGAACUUGUUACUCUGCUAGAUGCACAGCAGAAGUUGAGCAAGAAAUGGAAACAGGAAGUUCAAGAACUUACCAAGAAAUUUGUAUCUCAGGUGGAAUGUUUUGACAAAGAUAUAUCUCAUUUGAAAGAGAACAAUGAAAGAUUACAAGCAUUGCUGAAUGAUCAUCAUAAGAAAAAUUUACUGCUUCAACAGCAGUUACAAACUAGUUUACUAGAAAAUAAACAGCUGAAACAACAGCUGCAAGAGUCACGAAAACAUUAGGAAUCUGUAGUUUCAUUAUACCAAACAUAUCAAGUCAUUUGUGAAUCAGACAUCAAUCCUCAUCAAGCAAACCACUGAUUCAUCUUCACAAAAUCUACUUCCGAUAUAUUUGUUAAAUCCUAAAAAAUCUCUAAAAUAUAUUUUGUAUCAAUUAUUAUCAUAAAGUAACACAAGAAUUUUGGGAUAUUGAUGUAAAAUGUGUAUUAUAAGUUGGUGCUUAUAUUCAUCUCUGUAAUAUUUUUAAUUGCACAUCUUUACUAUGUUUGAUUUAUUUAUGAUAAACAAAAGGUUAAAAAUUUCAGCAUAUCUGAAAGAUUAUGGUGAAUAUUGAUAUUUACAUUUUUCAGGUAAACAUGAGUGCUGCCCAUGUUAGUUACUUAAACGAUUGAAGAAAAUACUAUUUAAAAGUCAUAAUCAAAAUUGUUUCAGUAAUUUUUGUUGUUGGCUGUUCCAUUAAAAUAUUCUAAAAUAGAAUACAAUAUCUAAGUAGAAUGUAACAGAGAAAAAAUUUGAAUUUACAGUUUCAAAUGGUAUUUUUGCAUUAAAGUACUAUAAUAUUUAUUUGUAAAAUUCAUAUUUCAUUUAGGCUUCGACAGUUCUUUCAAGUAUGUACAUGUGUAUUAAUAUUGGAUAUUUGAGGGUUCAACUAAAUUUAGAGCAACAAGAUAGGUAAGCAGAAUAACAGGUGAUUCAAACAAUGUAUUUAUUAAGAAGUAAUUCAGAAUUCUCUUGAGUAACUGAAUUUGAGAGAAGGAAAUAAAGAAAUUGGACACAAU